AUUUAUAGUUGGAAAGAUUGGAAGCACUAGAUUUAUCUUUUUGUUACAUAAUUCAUAUUUACCGUGUAAUUCAAAUCCACAGAUCACGAUCACACAGUCGUUAUGAUCUAUGUUUAAAUGUCAGUGAAAAAUGCAAGGUGAAAUAAAAGUGAAAGUCUUUAAUUUUGAGAGUUUGGUUAUGAAAUCCAAUAUGUCGAAAUGAAGAAACCGAAAAUGUAUGCUGAUCGCAGAUGAUAUUUCAAGUUGUAGUAUAAGUUUCCCAAAUAUUCUCGAGUAAGUCUUCAAACACAUUCAAAAUGUCGCAUUUGUUCCAAGUUUAUGGAAAAAUGUGUGCUACACAUCCUUGGGAAGUAAUUGUAACCAUUAUAACAUUAACAACAUGUUUCUUAACGAUGGAUAAGCCUAAAUACUCCAUAUCAGCAAAAGAAGUAACACCUUGCAGUGGUUGCAUUGAAGAACAUUUUAUCGCUGCCGACGUAAUAGUAAUGACGGUAAUACGAUGCCUUGCAAUACUCUACAGCUAUCACCAGUUCAGAAACCUACAAAAAUUAGGAUCCAAGUACAUCCUGGCAUUCGCUGGAUUGUUUGUAGUAUUCUCGAGCUUUGUAUUCACCUCAGCUGUUUUGAAGAUACUCCAGAUAGAGCUGGUCGACCUCAAAGAUGCUCUCUUUUUCUUUUUAUUGUUAAUAGAUCUGACAAAAGCAGCUAAACUAGCUCAGUUUGCUCUGACAUCUUCGCACAAGGGCGAGAUUACUGAUAAUAUUGCCAAAGGAGUUUCCGCUUUAGGGCCUACCAUUACCCUGGAUACUGUUGUAGAAACUUUAGUGAUAGGAGUAGGUACUCUGUCAGGAGUACAUCGAUUAGAGAUGCUGUCGUACUUCGCCUGCCUAUCUGUCAUCGUUAACUAUGUAAUAUUUAUGACUUUUUAUCCAGCUUGUUUGUCCUUAAUGCUGGAGCUUGGAAGGGUAUCUGAAAACUACGAGGAGGAACAGACAAAAAUAAGAAACAUGCUUUUAGAGGAGCAUGAGAAAUCUAAUCCUGCUGUACAGCGAGUGAAAGUAAUCAUGUCUCUAGGUUUAAUGGUAGUUCAUAUCCUCAGUCGAUGGUCCGAUAGUGAAGCUAACUCUGUUUUGCACAGUAAAGUGGUCAACUGUACUGAAGAAACUACUUAUGGUUAUUUGAUGAAGCAGUUUGCUCUGAGUGCUGAUCAUAUCGUCAUUCUAAUUCUGCUGAUUACGCUUAUUAUAAAGUUUGUGUUCUUUGAAAAUAGGGAGUCUCUUGCAGAUAACACCGUGCAACAGUCUAAUGAAGCUCUGAUUCAGACAAAUGUUUGUUUAGACAGGCGUCAAAGAACUUAUUCUACUAGCGUACAAGUUCAAACUGAAGGCAGCGUGGAACCUAUAUUUUGCGUUGAAGAAACAAAUUCCAAUUCUGAUCUGGACAGUCUCCGAACUUUACAAGAUUGUUUGGAAAUAUACCGUACAGAUGACGCUAACAAACUAUCUGACAGAGAAAUCAUGAUGCUUGUGGAUACAAAACAUAUUCCUUCGUAUACUCUAGAGAAAGCUGUGAGAAACCCUAUCAGGGGUGUUAAAAUUCGACGAAAAAUUAUUCAGAAUUCCAUACCUUUUCCAGAUGUGUUCACUAGUCUUCCUUAUGAAAAUUAUGAUUACAGCAAGGUUUUAGGCGCUUGCUGUGAGAAUGUGAUAGGAUAUGUUCCAGUGCCUGUUGGAGUUGCUGGUCCUUUGCUCUUGGAUGAUAAGAAGUUUUAUAUACCUUUAGCAACGACUGAAGGCUGUUUGGUGGCCAGUACAAAUAGAGGAUGCCGUGCUGUUGAAAAGGGCGGCAUAAGAAGCCAGGUGGUGGGAGACGGCAUGACAAGAGGCCCUGUCACACGCUUUCCCUCUAUUGUAAAGGCCAGUGAGGCGAUGCUCUGGUUGAAGAAAGACGAAAAUUUCUUCAUAGUAAAAAAAUCUUUUGACUCUACCAGCAGAUUCGCUAAGCUCGAAAAAGUGACCGUCCAUAUAGCUGGUCGCUACCUUUUCAUUCGAUUUGUCGCUCGAACGGGGGAUGCGAUGGGCAUGAAUAUGAUCUCAAAGGGCACCGAAAAAGCCCUGGCAGACCUGACGGACCGUUUUCCUGAUAUGGAAGUGCUCAGUUUGAGCGGAAACAUUUGCACGGACAAGAAGCCAGCCGCCAUCAAUUGGAUAGAGGGGAGAGGGAAAUCCGUCGUCUGCGAAAGCAUAAUUUCGGCUGGAAUCGUUUCUUCCAUUUUAAAAACGAGCACACAGGCUAUGGUGGACUUGAAUAUAUCCAAGAACAUGAUUGGUUCUGCGGUUGCUGGAAGUAUAGGCGGCUUCAAUGCUCAUGCAGCCAACUUAGUCACUGCCAUAUUCAUCGCAACAGGUCAAGAUCCGGCUCAGAAUGUGGCGAGCAGCAAUUGUUUGACUAUCAUGGAGCCCUGGGGGGAAGAUGGCAAGGACCUCUACGUUUCAUGCACGAUGCCCUCCAUAGAGAUUGGCACCGUUGGCGGAGGCACAGUUCUACCAGCUCAAUCAGCCUGCCUGAAGAUGCUCGGUGUUGAAGGACCCAAUAAAGAUGACCCAGGGGCCAACGCAAGACAACUGGCGAGGGUCGUGUGCGGAGCGGUACUCGCAGGCGAGAUCUCUCUCAUGGCCGCUUUGGCCAGCGGUCACUUGGUCAGGAGUCAUUUGAAGUAUAAUAGGUCGUACUCUAGCGGUACUAGUCUCGAUUCCAGUCAAUGUGAUAGAUGAGAAGACUUAGCUGAAAUGGUUAUAUUGAAUUUUACAUGUUAUUUAUUUAUAGGUGCUGAAGGAGUUGUUUUUGCUUCUCAAAGAUUAUUUUUGUGAGAAUGAGUUGUUUUGCUCUUUAUUUUUAGUGAUAAUAUACGAUUUAUUUAUUA